AUGGUUGUUCUCAAGCAAGAGGAUGUGGCUCCGGAAUGCUUGAAAUAUUUGCCCAGCAACUACAACUUUGAGGUUGGCAAGACACUCAGAACAAUUAAACGACUAGGUGCAAAGAAAGUAACGCUGCAGUUUCCAGACGGCCUGCUCAAGUAUGCGCUGGUAAUAAUCGAUAUAAUAGAAAGAUACACCGAUGCGGAGUGUGUUGUUCUAAAUGAUGUUGUGUACGGCGGAUGCUGCAUAGACGACAAGAAUGUUAAGUCAGACCUUCUAAUACACUAUGGGCAUUCGUGCCUGGUUCCUAUAAGCGAGAUGGACACCAAAGUGCUGUAUGUGUUUGUGGACAUCAGAAUAGAUGUUGAGCAUGCUGCAGAGAUUAUCAGAGCAAGCAUCCCUGGCAGAAUAGCAAUAAUAGGAACCGUACAAUUUAACUCAAGCAUCCAUAGACUGCAGAAGGUUCUUGAGAAGGGUAAUAGGCCUGGCGUAUUGCCACAGGUCAAGCCGCUGAGCGGAGGCGAGGUUCUUGGAUGCACUUCACCCAGGAUAGAUGGCGUGUCGGCCGUGAUAUCGAUCGGAGAUGGCAGGUUCCACCUAGAAAGCGCAAUGAUUCGAAAUCCACAUCUUGACUUCUACAAAUACUGUCCUUUCAGCAGGACAAUGACAAGAGAAUUCUAUGACUACGAGGCCAUGACAAACAACAGGAAAGAGGAUAUCAGAAAGGCAUUCCAGGGAAGGUCUUUUGGCGUGAUUCUUGGAACCUUGGGAAGACAAGGCAACAGGAAAAUCCUCAGAAAUAUUCUUGAGAGGCUCAAACAAUAUGACAUUUACUUGAUUAUGCUCCAGGAAAUCAAACAGAAGGAUCUGGAUAGAUACCAAUUUAUAGACAGCUUCGUACAGAUAUCAUGCCCAAGGCUUAGCAUAGACUGGGGAAUGACAUUCAAGAAACCGCUUCUGAAUCCAUUCGAAGUGUUUUAUGGUGGUGGGGAAUAUCUUAUGGAUUACUACUCACAGGAUGACAAGGCAAAGUGGAAUAACUACAGUUGA